AUGGACACUGUGAGAUCUAUCAAUCAAUUAAGAGCGUCUUUUCUGCGCAGCUCUUCCGACCCACAACAGGCCAAACGCACAAUCAAACCCUUCAUAUUAGACAACGAAGAGGAUACCAAUCAGCUGCCGCCAGACCUUCACAAACUGUACUAUGGUGACAAUGGGGAUGAUUUAUUGCUGACUUUGGAGUCGCCCCCGAUAUCCGAAAACUAUAUGGCCAAAAUUGAAUCUCUUCAAAGGACAAGGUUCAACCAAAAAAAGCCUUCAACUAGGGACACCAUUGCAACAGGACGACGUCCUUCAAACGGCAGUGAAGCUGCAGAUAACCACAUGGCCGAGGUCAGUUCCACGACUGAUCAAAAAAAGGAACAGUUCACCAGCAGUAACAAUUCGAUCACAUCGAAACAGUCGCACACGGUGAAGCCAACAAUCGAAAAAAGCACUCAUGAUUCUCUCCGACGAAAUGGCACUUCCCUGAGUCGCAAUACACCACGGCCUACUCAAGAUCCCAAAACCAAAAAAGGAGCCUUAUUCUCCAGAAUCUUCAAAGCUCAUAACAGUAGCGAUCCCGAAGAGCGCAAAACCACCUCAAUCAACAGCAGCUCAAAAAGUUCACGUCACAAAUCUUCCCAAGUACAGAAUUCAAAUUUGCGCUUUUACGACGGUGCAUUCAACUAUGACGAGACUCUGGAUGACGACGAGGAUGACGAGGAUGAUGACGACGAUGUCGACAAGAAUGAUGAGUUUUUUCUUGGUGGCCUACCGAAAAGCGACGAUGGAAGGAACAAUAAACUCUCCAAAUUGGGACAUCUACCGCGCUAUGGUCAGAAUGCGCUUGCGACGUCUUCGGGUGGAAAGAGCAAUUUGAUGCUCAAUAUUCUAGAUCGCAACGUGGAUACAUCGGUCGAUGAUGGUAACACCGUUGGUCAUUCUUCCCGAAAAGACCAGGAUUCGGAUCUGGACUCAUACAUGGAUGAGGACGAUUUAAAAGAGCUUGACCUUGAUGAAGAGAAAUUGAGGACGUCUGCUGGGGACGAAAGUGAUGAGAACGGACAAAACGCAUCUGGUCAAAUGUUCAACAAAGAUGGUAGCUCGCUUUCGGGCGAAGAGAGUUUUACAUCCUCCGAGCUUUCUUCCUAUGGAAAAUCCUUGCUUGAUUCCGACAUUAAUGACUUAGACGAUUCCAGCUUUACCCGUGCACAAAUUACGGGAGGCUCACUACUGGAAGAUUCAAUGAUAACUGAUGAGUUGCUUGCUUCAAAUUCCAUGCCAGAGCAUUCCGUUCCACGUUCUCAUGCCUUCAAGUUAUUGGAAGGAAGCCAGCAAUCUGCUUUUAUUAAUGACAGCACUCCGUUGAAGCUCAAUGAGUAUAAAAAACCCGACAGUUCAACUGGCUCUUCUAUAAGAAACUCAUUUCAAAGCGUUUACGGCGACAAGAAAGGAAACCUGGCAACAUCCAGUCCCUCAAGAUUUCCGAAAAGUUCAACACAAGCUAACGCGCCAAACGGUGUAAAUGGCUCGGUCAAAACUUGGAACAAGCAUCGGAGAAGUGCCAGUGAUCAUCUCAAGAAUGCUCGAACUCCGAAGCCCACUUUCGAUCCAAGUGUGUUUGGAAAAGCCCCGCUUUCAGGCACCAGCCACAAAAGCACUUCGAAGCUGACCAGCAUCCUCCGACAGAAAAAAAAUAAGAAUGUUGAUACAAUGGAUUACUUCUCAUUUGUCUCGGGAGACCAGGUUGCGAAAUCUGAUUCAACACUUCUGCAUGUCUACAUUCAGGAUUCGUUGAAGCACCGGAAGCAUCCGUUGAAUCUAAAAGUCAGGAAGUCAGCGACAGUUUUCGAAGUGAUCGGAUUCAUACUGUAUCAAUACUUUUCUCAAGUUAAGGCGCUUGAAGAUGGUAGCAUUUUCAUGGAAAAAGAAAGCAGGAACCCAAACAUGUUCAGGCUCAAAGUAGUGGAUGAAGACGGGGAACCUUUCGAGGACAAUUUUGGGACCAUUGACCGGAAAAGUAAGAUCUCUGGUGUUUUUGACGAUGAGGUUGUACUUUGUAAGGUAAAUGAUGAGCGAGAGUUCAAUCAGAACGAGGCAGAGACGCCUUUGCCAUAUGAAGACGACGACAAUGGCAAUAGAGAAGAAAUUGACGAUUCCUCCGCAACGAUUCCCAACGAUUCUAUCAAUCAAUUAAGUUAUUACAAACCUAUCCUACAAACGAAGUACAAUGACUCACAACCUCAGGAAGGUAAACUUGAAGAUGUUAAAAUCUUUCUUUUUCCUAAUCUAAACCCUGCUUUUAACUUUACGACAAUCAGGGUGCCCAUCUCUACUUCUCUAAAAACGAUUCUAGCACGAUACUGCUCUAUGAAGUCCAUGGAUCCCAUGGAUUACACUUUAAAGAUUAGCGGCCGGCGAAUCGUAGUUGAUCUUGAUGACAGUCUUGGCGAGUUGGAUGGAAAUUUUGAUCUGGAGUUAAUUUCGAGGAAAGAGGUGAAAGCGUUGGGCUUGAAAAAAAUGGGCAAUGCGACUUUUGGCAAACCGGCUCUGCCUACAAUUCAAAGUGCCGAUCUUACUCCAGUGGCAAUGAACAGCAGGGAUCAGUAUUUGACAGCUGUCGAUACGCUGAAAGCAGUUGGUGACACCGAAAAAACUAACGCGUUAUCUAAUAAGCCAUCAUCAGUACCGAGUAAGAAGGGCUCUGUGAGAUCCAAGCGUGGGUUACACAGGUUGUCGCAGGCCAACGACUCUAGCGCAGGAACUGGUGGGUUUUUCAAGCUAAAAAAUAGCUCGAAAAGCUCACUACGCAAUGGUGUCAACACAAGUUUUCGACAAUCUUACUCCGAUCAAGUGGUACCCAACUUGGAAACAAGUUAUAAGGACGCCUUUACUGGGGCGUACUAUAAGUACAAGGUUUGGAGACGGCAACAAAUCUCGUUCAUAAACAAACACGAGAGAACACUUGCUAUUGACGGAGAUUACAUCUACAUCAUACCUCCUGAAAAUGGGUUUAACUGGCACCAUGACCACGGAAAGACCAAAUGCUUCCACAUGAGCCAAGUUGUACUUAUCAGGAAAUCGAAGCGAAUACCAGAGUACUUCAAAAUUUUUGUCAAUCGGCCCACCGGGCUGAAGCGCUAUUAUUUCGAAGCAGCUAAUCCGGCAGAAUGUGUGGAAAUUGUGAGUCGAAUACAGUCUCUUCUGUCAGCAUAUAGAAUGGACCAUAGGGGCAAAAGCUAG